AGCCUUGCAUAUGCACUAAACUGUAAAAGCUCUAGCUUUGCAUGGCCCUGUCGAAAAAAAGUUCGAGAUAAGUGCAAUCACCAAAAAAAAAGUUCCGGCGCAUCAAUACCUCAAUUUGUUGGUGUUCAUAUCGCCAUCAAAAAGGUUUUCGAUCUUUAAACAAUUGGAAAUUAUGGUCGGCCAACGCAAAGCAGUGUGAGUUUGGAACAACUACUACAAAUUUUCUACUCUUGAGCGCUAACUUCGACAACAACAGAGAUCAGCGCAUCCCCGCGCUCAUUCGCAAUGGCAUACAGGAGAAGAAACGAAGCUUCAUUGUGGUUGUUGGAGACAGAACAAAAGAUGUCAUUGUACAUCUACACUAUAUUAUGUCCAGUAUGGAUAUGAAACAGAACAAAUCGGUUAUGUGGGCAUACAAGAAUAAGCUUUUAGGUUUUACGAGGUCUGUAUUGACAUCCGUUGUCCUUAGAAGCUGCAUACUGACAUACUUGUUGCUUAUAGUCAUCGGAAGAAGAGAGAAACUAAAAUCAAGAAAGAAAUUAAACGCGGAAUCAGGGAAGCUAACACAGAGGAUCCAUUCGAGCUGUUUGUGUCGCUGCACAACAUUCGAUAUGUUUACUAUAAGGAAACCGAGAAAAUCCUGGGAAACACAUUCGGAAUGUGUAUACUGCAGGACUUUGAAGCCAUUACACCGAAUCUCUUAGCCAGAACGAUCGAAACAGUUGAAGGUGGUGGACUUGUGGUUUUAUUGCUCAAAGGCAUGAACAGCUUAAAGCAACUAUACACACUGUCCAUGGAUAUUCAUUCCCGAUACCGAACAGAAGCGCACGAUGAUGUUACUGCGAGAUUCAACGAACGAUUCAUUUUAUCCCUUGGGAAAUGCGAAUCAUGUCUGGUUAUUGACGAUGAGUUGAAUGUUUUACCUAUAUCCGGAGGGAAGAACGUGAAAGCUUUACCUCCACCAGAUUUGGACCAGCCAAAAAGUGAAUCACAGUUAGAAUUGGAUAACAUGAAAGAGGCCUUACAAGACACGCAACCAGUGGGAUCCCUCGUUACUUUGGCGAAGACUGUAGACCAGGCCAAAGCCCUUCUGACAUUCGUGGAUGCUAUCGCCGAAAAGACGCUGAGGAACACUGUCACGUUGACUGCCGGCAGAGGACGUGGAAAGUCUGCAGCUCUUGGUGUGGCUGUAGCAGCAGCUGUCGCGCAUGGAUAUAGCAAUAUUUUCAUCACAUCCCCAAGUCCGGAGAACUUGAAGACUUUAUUCGAGUUCAUCUUCAAAGGUUUUGAUGCUCUUAACUACAUGGAUCACGUCGACUACUCAAUCAUACAAUCCACAAAUCCUGAUUUUAACAAAGCAAUUGUUCGAGUGAACAUACAUCGUCAACAUCGUCAAACAAUUCAAUAUAUCAGACCGCAAGAUGCGCACGUUCUCGGACAAGCCGAAUUAUUGGUCAUCGAUGAAGCCGCGGCGAUACCGCUACCCCUCGUCAAGAAGCUUAUGGGUCCUUAUUUGGUAUUCAUGGCGUCCACUAUCAAUGGUUACGAAGGUACUGGACGGUCCCUAUCUUUGAAGUUGAUUAAACAACUCCGAGAACAAUCUAGAGGCACGACAAAUGGAACUGGAGAUGUUGAGAUAGCUGAUCGAUUAAGUGGUAAGGCGGCUGCUAAAGGUGCUGAUAAUAGCUUCUCAGGAGGUCGCUCGCUAAGAGAGAUCACGCUGUCUGAGCCAAUUCGUUAUGCACAGGGUGACUCCGUCGAGAAGUGGCUCAAUCAAUUACUCUGUCUCGAUGCCACUUUACCUCGAUCGAGAUUGAAUACUCUUCAAGGAUGCCCAGAUCCUUCACAGUGUCAGUUGCUCAACGUCAAUCGCGAUACCCUCUUUUCUUUUCACGAUGUAUCCGAAAAGUUUUUGCAACAGAUGAUUGCUCUUUACGUCGCUAGUCAUUACAAGAAUACCCCAGACGAUCUUCAGUUGAUGAGUGAUGCUCCUGCUCAUCAAUUGUUUGUACUCGUUCCACCUAUUGAAGAGAACAGUAAACACUUACCAGAGCCUCUUUGUGUGAUCCAAGUGGCUCUCGAAGGAAAGAUCAGCAAGCAAAGUGUCAUGAACAGCUUGAGUAGAGGUCAGAGAGCGGCUGGUGAUCUCAUUCCUUGGUUGGUCAGUCAGCAAUUUCAAGAUGACGAUUUCGCUGGUCUCUCUGGAGCACGCGUGGUUCGGAUAGCAACAAAUCCUGAUUAUAUCAAGAUGGGAUAUGGAAGCAAAGCUCUCGAACUUCUGACUGAUUUCUAUGAAGGAAAAUUCGCUAACCUCUCAGAGGAUAUGAAUGAUUACGUGGAAGAGACAAUUACUCGUGUCACCGACGAGGAGUUGACUAGUUCAUCUCUUCUUGACGACAACAUCAAGGUUAGGGAUAUAAGAAAAAUGCCACCCCUCUUCUCGAAGCUAUCCGAGAAGCGACCCGAUAAUCUCGAUUAUAUCGGCGUCAGCUACGGACUUACUCAACCUCUCCACAGAUUUUGGAAACGAGCCUCGUUUGUUCCCCUCUAUCUUCGACAAACGCCGAACGAAUUGACUGGAGAGCACACCUGUGUUAUGGUUCGCACUUUGGAAAAUAGUGAGAAUAGAGACUGGGAGUCUGCUUUCUCUAGAGAUUUCCAUCGCAGAUUCUUGUCUCUCCUUUCGUACCAAUUCCGCGAAUUCCCUUCCGUCUUGGCCUUGAGUAUUGACGAAUCAGCAAAUGCCGGUUCAAAAUCAGACCCAGAAGCCGCACCCAAGCCACUUUCAAAAGCAGAGUUAGACAAACUCAUGUCGCCAUUUGAUCUUAAGCGCUUGGAAUCCUAUGCAAAUAAUAUGCUUGACUACCACGUCAUUCUAGAUCUCAUUCCAACACUUGCGAACUUAUAUUUCACUGGUCGUUUGAAGUCUGAUAUCAAGCUCACAGGUAUUCAAUCAUCGAUACUUCUUGCUGUCGGCCUGCAAAGAAAAGACCUAACAGCCAUCGAAUCGGAAUUAUCGCUUCCGUCCUCCCAACUAUUAGCCAUGUUCAUUAAGAUCAUGCGCAAAAUGAGUGCACACUUUGGCGACCUGGUUUCCGGGGCUAUAGAAGCCGAGAUGCCAGGGCGCGAAAGCAUCGGAGUCAGCAGAGAAGAUGCAAAUGGAGCUUUGGAUGAUGAAGUUGUAGAUGACAGAUUUGUGCCCCUAGAACAAGGACUCGAAGAAGAAUUGGAAGAAGGUGGAGAUGAAGCUAUGAAAGCUUUAAAAGAAAAGCAAAGGGAGCUUAUUGAUGCUCUUCCUUUAGACCAGUAUGUUUUCAAUAUCAGUACUUCCGGGAAUUAAAAUGCUAAUCCAUUGACCAGAUAUGAAAUCGAAGCAGGGGCACCAGGUUGGGCAGAAGCCGAGGAACAGGUUAAAAAUGCCGCUAAAUCCGGAAAGAAGGAUAUAGUAGUUGGUGUAAAGAGUGCCAAAACAAAGAGAAAGGCAGGGGAAUCAGCAGCAGAAAUUUAUGAACAGGAGAUGGGUGAAAAGGCGCAUAAAAAAGCAAAGAAGGGUUCUAAAAAGGGUCAUUAGUUCUCUCGUUUCCCAUCAGUGUAAUCUAAAUCCUGUAUAUACCUUGUACUUAAUGAAAGAAAUUAUAUGGAAUAUCUCUUAGAAAUGAGUCCUUCAGUCAAUGUAUA